ACAUGACCGCAUGUCACAUGACUCGCCUUUUAAACAUGGCGGCGUCCGGCAUCCCGCAGUGGAACGAUAGAGCGGAGACGCUGCAUCGGAGGCUGGAGGGUCUGCGGGAGGCGGACAGGGACGACCCACUGUUAUUAAAAGCAUCUGCUACAUUACAAAGUUUGAAGGACACGUGUUCCAAAGACACCCAGAACUGUAAUAGAUUACCAUGUCUGCGCCUUUAUAGUCAGGCUAUAUUAGACAUUACUUACUAUGAAGAGAAUCGGCUUGUGGAUGAAGAAUUUGCGAACGAUGACUCCCUGCAGAAAGUCCGAGAACUUAUUCAGAUUAUUACAGAGCCAGAGACUUUAUUUGAGGAGAGCAAUGCUUCUAAACAGCAUUUCCACCUUGACAUGGAUGUUGAGGAAUGCCUACAUUGGCGGAGAGGAGCCUUGCUCUACAUGUACUGUCAUACAAUUGGUGAAAGAGAGAACUGGAACCUGAGUGACCAGAGAACUUUCCACCAGUGUCUCAAGGAUGGUGUUUACUAUCUUCUAAAAAUGCUGAAGACAAGAAGUCCUAUUCAACUGAAUAAUGAGGUUUCAUUUCAGGACAUAAACACAGCCACGUUAUUAGCUAAAGGUAUCUUCAGUGACGUCCAUGUCCUGGCUUUGAUGUACUGCGGAGAGAUGUGCUUCUGGGCGCUCAGUUACUGUUCAGACAUCCCACCUGGAUCUGAUUCUGAGACGCACAACAAAAUCCUGAACUUUAAAGAAGUUGGGGAAAAAGUUUUGGACACUUAUGUCAGUGUUUGUGAAGGUCCUCUAAAUGGACAUGGCUGGAGCACAGAGAACGCCAAGAAGAUUCUAGAGUUUCUAAGAAUGAGAUGAGGUUUAUCAAAUGUGCCUAUUGAUUAUGCCUAAGAAUUCAGUUUUAUAUUUAAAGUAUUAUACAUUUAUGC